GAGGUGUGAAUUUAGUCAUGUGUUGGCAUUUGUGAAAUAUGAAAAGUUUACUUUUGUUUCCCCUUUUAAUGUUAGACUGACUGCAUUAAUACCUGGUUUCUCUUCAGCCAUAAACUAUGACUUCACCAGAAGAGUUGACAAGAAGUACUUUGUGUCACACAAGAGACCGGGUUCCUUUGCCGAUGCUGUUCGGUUCUGUACCAAGAGGGGCUUGGUGUUGGCUUUGCCCAAGAACCGGGAGGAAAACACUGCUCUCACUCAGGUCUUUGAAGGGGCUUUGAAGAAUGCAUGGCUCAAUGUGGACAACAGGAAAGAGGGGAAGUUUCAGGUAGAUCUGCAAGGCCAUCCCUCACCUUUUCCAAAAUGGGCAGAUGAACCAAAAGUGCCUGAUGGGGAGGGCUGUACAAUGUUGACAGAGUCAGGUGCAUGGCAGGUGACAUAUGAUUGCUCCUUCAAUGCCUAUAUCGUGUGUGAGAUAUAGGGACAUGUCUAUGAAAAGCUGUUUCAGAGUUUACCAUGAAAGCUUUCUUCACUUCAAUUACGAUUCUCUAGGUCUUGUCUCUGGGUCUUGUCUCUAGGUCUUGUCUCUAGGUCUUGUCUCUAGGUCUUGUCUCUAGGUCUUGUCUCUAGGUCUUGUCUCUAGGUCUUGUCUCUAGGUCUUGUCUCUAGGUC